AACGCUCUUAUCUGGCUCUGAUAUGACAUGGAAGAUGCCCUUUCCUAUCUUUGUUGUUCUGUUUUUGUGCUCCUGCGGAUGUUUACCACAUGUGGCUGCCUCCAAACAAGAGCCAGAGACUCCAGGCUGGAUGAGGACUCUGAAAAGUAUUUGUAAUGUCAUACAUAACAACGAACCAUUACUGGAUGUGUGGGAUUGGUUUUUUGGCGAUAAGCAUAGUGAUGCAUUCAAACAAGAGUCAGAGAGUACAAACUGGAUGAAAAGUAUUUUUGACAAAAUACAAAAGAUUGAAUCGUUACUGGAGGCAGCGUGGUCCGUGUUUUGUGGCAAUAAGCACAGUAAUGAGCAAGAGAGUCCAGACUGGUGCAAGACUGUGAAAACUCUUUGUGACAGAAAGCACAACAUUCGCACAUUCCUUAAUGGGCUGCGGAAAGUGUACAAAGUGUUAAGUGGCGUAGGGCAGAAGAGUCCAGACUGGAGGAUGGUUCUGAGAACUUUUUGUUACACCAUACACAUGAUUGAACCAUUACAGGAUGCAGCACAGAUCUUUCUUGAUGGCGAUGACAGGCUGUGUCAUUAUAGGUGCAGUGACGGUAACAACCCGGUGCCUCGUCCUGGGUACAAGCAGCCACCACCCAACGGAUGUGGCUCCCCACUGUUUGGAUUUCAGUUCGACAUAGGCAUCCCUUCCAUGACCAAAUGCUGUAACCAACACGAUCGUUGCUAUGACACCUGUGGCCAAAAGAAGCGCAACUGCGAUGACGAGCUCCAUCACUGUCUCAUGACCAUGUGCAGGAAGGAGCUCAAACCUCUGGGAUCGGAGACGACUGUCCAAGCAGUGUGUGAGUCGGCGGUGACUCUGCUGCAUGAGGUGGUUAAAUACUUGGGAUGUAAGCCGUACCUGGACAGCCAGAAAGAGUCCUGUGUGUGUCAGUAUGAAGUGAAGGGGGAACUGUGACACUGCAACAGGAACGAGAUGGUUCAGCAGUACAAGAUACAAGAUUCACUGAAGGACACCAGCAAUACAUUUUACUUUCAGACUUUCAGAGUUUCGAUAAUGUCAUACUUCUCUUAGAAAAGUGAAUGUGAAAUUACUUCAGUUUUUAGAGUAGACAAUUAAUUUGGAUGCUUGGGAAGGACCCAAUCUGUAAUGCUAAGCCUGUACAACCUGAAGUAUUUUAGUGGGUGUAGUACUACAAUGUGCAUUUUGUUUCUAGGCAACAAGAAUACAAUUGAACAUAUAUGAAAAAUUAUUUCCGAUAUUAUGUCAAUGAUAGAUAAAUAAGGGAAUUCUUCUGGAAAUCAGCAACUGCUUUUAAACUCAGCACAACAAACUAACAGUUUCAGAAGCUUUAUUUUCCCCUAUAAUUGGCACCAAAUUCAAGAAAUAUAUGUUUUGUUUUUGUAUAUAUUUUGUUUUUCCUUAUGUAAAAUUUGUGAAAUAUAAUAUGGAGGGAAAUGGACUGGUGAGAACACUGUGGAGAAAAAUUGAACUGUCAUCAAAAAAUGAUAUUGAUUAUUAAUUAUUGAUAAUUCUGUGUCAAUUGUCAUCAUGGACAUUUUUGAAGAAACUUUACCACAGAAGCUCUGUUUCCCACACAUAACAUGAUAUAUCUGAAGAAAGGGUUUUUUUUUAUAGUUGAAGUUAAUUGUAUGGGAGAAAUCAUGGUAUCUGCAGAUCUUGAAACGUCUUAAAAACAUUUAGACUUGCACAUUGGAACAUACUAUUGUUCCAGACCUCUGACCUUAAAUUAAUUCGUUAUUGUUUACCUAGUUGAUCCGUCCAUCCAUUCAACCACCCAUUUUCUGGUGAUUAAUUGAUUAGUUGAUUGAUAGAAAAAUCAUUGGCAACUAUUUUGAUAAUCAGCAAAUUUUUUCGAGCAAGUAGCUAGCUAGUGAAGGAUCUGCUACUUUUUUUUCUCAUAAAGCUUAUCACAGUGAACUGAACAUCUUUGG